GAUACUGCGCUCCGUGAACUUUGUUUGGAAAAUAUGGCGUCGAGCGAAAAAAUGUCAAGUUUGUGUGUCGAAAAUGUUAAUGUAAAUAAGGAUUUAAUCACGAAGCCAAGCACUAAAAUUUCUGUAACUUUCCCACCAUUACAGGAAUUUCUUGUCAUCGGUCGUUAACACGAUGUGCGAUUGAGACAGUAGUUGUUUAUUAUGAGCCAUUUCGAGUGGUCGGAUGAAAGUUCUAGUACAAUGGUUCAUCGCUUUCAUUCAGCACAAUGAAUUUUUGGUUUACGAGUCUUGAAGUCACUCUCAAAGAUAACAGAAAGAAAUAUGCAGACAAAGUUCAAGCUCUCCUAUGGGCUUGGGAGCAAGUUACCAACUGCAUGAAUAAAGAUUUCUCUCUGGCGGUUUUUGAAUUUAUGCAUGGGCAAACUUUGUACCUUGUCCUGCGCGGAGACUGGCCGCGACUCGCUCCAGUCAUUCAGACUCAUCUUCUCGUCCUCCUCCAGAAGUGUCUGAAAUACUUGAAGGCCAAACAUGCCGACUCUAGUUCUAUAUCUCGUUGUAGCUCUCUCAUGAACCUUGUGUCUGAUCCUUGGGGUCAUGAUACUCUGUCCAAAUUAAUUCAUGGAGAAGAAACCACAGACAAGGAAGUAAUGGAAUACUGCCAGGCAGAGAAAGGAGAUCUCAUCAUGAUCAGGCUAGAACUUCUGAUCGUUUCCAAGUGCGAAGACAUGGCACUUAAUUUAGCUGGAGCUGCUGUGAGGUGGAUGCGGGUCCCCAAUUCAGGCUGUGAAACAAAUUCAACAAAUGAUCAAAGGAACUUUUUCCUCGACGUAUACCUAACAACUUUGUGUCGCUUCAAAAAAAAUCAAGAAAUUAUUUUAGAGUUAAAAAGCUUAGAUCUGGAACAAGGUUUGGAACUGAUUCGAAGGUAUGCCUCACCCAGUUGGCCAAGUAGCUAUAAUAGCUCUCUCUCAAGCAGCACCAGCUCGGCAAGGAUUUGGCGGCACGGUAACCGAGUAGCCGAAAUUGCGGUUAAUACAUUCCUGGCUUCCGCCAUGGUUCAACCCCCUAGUCUUCAUCUUGCCGACUUAGUUUUAGAAUGGGCUAUCAUUCAUGGCCCGAUGAUGAAAUCUUCUCCUCAAACUUUUUUUGAUAUGAUCAAAAAGUUUCUCAUGACUGCGCUCUCGGAGGAACAUGUCUACAUCUUCUCUGAAGUUCUCGUAAAGCAGUUUGGAGACAUCGUGAAGCCAAUUUGUAUUGAGUUCUGUAUCCGCUUUCUAAGUGCCGAAAUGAAUGAUCUGCUUCAGCUGAAGGUGAAACCGGAUGAAGAGAAACAGAGAGAGAUAGAAAUCAAGCUGUCCUCUGGGUUCUUGAAACUAGCAAAUUUGGUCGGGAGCAGCUACACAGACAUCUACCGUGAGUGUGUUCUAACUGGUUUCUCGUUAAAUCCAACGAGUAAUACUUUGGAUAUCAUCAAGUCUCUCGGUGGAAAGAACGAAAUACCUCCAUUAGAUAAGACUGAACAAAUUGUCACUGAGAGUGAAUGCAAUCUCGAUAAACCAAGUAAACCAGACCAAACGGAUGACAACAUUGAACCAGAAAAAGACGGGACAAAUCAAAUGGAUAUGGAAUUAGUAGGUAAAUCAAAAGAUAUUGGUAUUGCUGAUGAGAUCAGUGAAACCUCUCAAGUCAGUCAGUUAGAUACUCACCAUGAGCAUGAAUCCAGUCAUGUAGAUUCAAACGCAAACGACCCUAGUAAUCGGCUUUCGCCUGAAGGUACGAGCACAUCAAAUUUUGAAAAGGAAGGCAAUGCUCUGGGCUUAACAAGGCAUCUAAUGGACGAUUUAUCAAUUGUUAUCAGAGGAUCUCGAUACCAAGCAUUGAAUUGGGACAAUGACUGGACAGAGCUUAAAUGCCUGUGUGAGGAUUAUUUGAUAGAUUUUAGGAAAUUUCGUGAAACCAACAAAGAGUUAAAGUACUUGAAGAUUGAUUAUGACCAAUUUAAGGAUUGGCCCGUGGAUAAAGAAAAAGACAAGCACAACGGCAUUGAAAAAGGCUAUGAAAAGUGGAUCGAAGGGACUGACGACUCAGAUGAGUCCUUAUCGGAAAGUGCAUCUUGCUCUCAAAGCAUAGAUGACUCGGAUUUUGGAUCGUGCGAUUCAUUCAUCCUUAAAAAGGGUUUAAAAAGGAAGGAGGUGAGUAAACGGAGGUCCGACUCAGACUCGGAGUUUGAAAUAGGGAAAUACAGAAGUAAGAAAAAAAGAAAAAAAUGCAAGAAGAAAGUGAAAAUAAUUUCUGACUCUGAUAAUGGCACUCUAGACAGUGUAAAGAGCAUUUGCAGUGCCUCAAGGAAAAAUGCUUCAAAGAAGAAGAAAACCAAAAAUGCUAAGGAUAAUCGAAAGGAAACUUCACGUCCGAGAAAAGUAGGGAGGCCUCCGAAGAGAAUCCCAUCUCCAGCUGAUGAUUCCAUAAGCAAUGAAUUUAAGUUUAGUGACAAUGAAAAUGACAACAAUAACUCCAGGUUUAAGAAAAUUCUUGUUUCCGAAUCUUUUGACGAAAACGAGAGCUUUCAUUCCAACUUACUCAAGAAUGAAAGCAAAAAACCUGUGUCUAGAACUCAUGUUUUGAAAACGCUAAGAACUUUUAGGAAAACGAAACCAGAUCUCAGGCAGUCAUCAAAAUUAGGCUUCAGGUAUUUCAGCGAUGUACCAGAAGAAGAAUACUCACUUUUGCAAGACAGUCCUACAAGAACUUUCGCACCUAACUCUAUAGCUAGUACAAUAAAUUUUAACAAUCCUAGUCUUUCAAGUAAAAUGGAAUUAAGUGACGGGUAUGAUGAUGACGAGCUCUCUGAUAAUUGUAAGUACACGUUCACCGAAGACGAGCCAUUAAACAGCAGCACCAAGCUAAAGCCUUUUACCAAAAUAGAUAAGAAUAGCAAAAUUAAAUUGGAUGGUUUUGAUUUCCCAAGGAGAAAUAAAAGUUCAAUUGAGAAUACUGUCUCUGAACUCAGCUCCAUUUCUAACUUAGUUCCCUCCGAGGUUAGAGCAACAGUGCAGGUUGUGCAGGUUACAAAUCAUACUUCCGGCACAGCAAAUCCUACAUUGCUCUCCCGUCAGCAAUCAUCUUCCGAUAAACCUCCACAGACAUCUUCCACCUCAGCUCAAAACUCAGCUGCUCAAUCGAAUACGUACUCUAGCCCAGUCAUCUCUCAAACUAGCACAAUUAGUGCCACCAAAAUUCAUGACCCAUCGACAUCAAACACAGAGUCGCAACCAACCCUCCAAUUAUUCAACUCUAUUCCGAAUAACAUAAGCGCAUUGAUCGAGUGCUCAGAAACGCAGAAUACAUCAGAAACAAUCACUUUGCAGCGAGCAGAGCCUGUUACCAUGUCGCCAAUCUUGAGAGUCCCUGUGCAAACACCAAAUGCCCUUAUUAUUCAAAGCCAGGCGGUUGAUCAGUCAAACAAACCAGCAACAAGCUCCAACACAGUGGCCAGUGUUGUUAAACCGGCAAGAAGCAGUGCAUUUGUUUUCGUGGCCAGCAGUGAUUCUACCAGCUCAAUAGCUCGAACGAGCGCCGUUUCCCAGCAACAAGUUCAACAGACCCUUAUAAGUUUAGCGAAUUCCUCUUUUGUCGGAACGAACAAUGACAAUAAUACAGCAACGUUAUUCAAAGCAGAUGACGGGAGGAAAAACGAAAAUGUUGUUCAGCUGACUGUUUCCAGAGACUCGCGACUCCUGUGGGCGCAGCAAAUAGGUAAUAUUAAAAGGAGUGAAUCUGCAGGUCAGACAGUCAACGUUGUUAUCAGUCAGUCAGGCAACUUCGCCAAUCCUAGAGUGGUGGAAACUAAAGAUGCCAAUCUUGAAGCACAAAAAGCCAGCUCAAGUCAGCCAGCAGUCUUAAGACUGGAGUCAGCUCCGAAUAUCAUUAAAACAAGAUCUCCCAUCACGCAAAGCACUCAGAAUGCCAGUUUGCCAAAAUUUCAACAAGCUUUUGGCAAAACUAUGUAUCAAAGUGUACCAUGUCCUGUUGUUGGAGGGAAUAUCUCAGAAAGCAAAGUUGUGAAUGUUUUAGAACUGAAUCAGGCGCAAAUCCAACGGGAUAAUCUUCUUGCUUGCCCGGUGGUUUCCAAAGGUGUUCAAACAAGCAAAGAUCCCAACUCAUCAUUGCAGAAGGCAGAGUCGUCUGAUGUUGCUCAGGUGGUAGUCAAAGGAGAGAAUUCAAACAGUCAUCAAGUCUCAACACUUAUUCCUCAAACAAGCAUACAGGUCAAAACUCCGCAAGUCAAGACCUCAGCUAUACAAACGUCGCCUGGUGUGAUAGUAGCAUGUAAGCGAGUAGCUCUGCUAAAAGAACCAGAGGCAUCGGUUGAUACGGCACCAGCAGCCAAGAAACUGGAAACUAAACCAGUCAAAGAACAGUUAAGGCUGAACGACUUGUUGACAGCAGCUAUUCAAUCCCCAGUUCAAGCAACAACUUCAGGACCUAAUGUCAUUAAUAUCAUCAACCCUUUGAAUCAAACCAUACAGAUUUCAAACAGUACGGAUGACGCUGUCAAAAGCAAAAAUACUGCAACCACCUCUACAGCAAGGCUAACACUUCCAUCCAUAAUCCAAAAAACAGUUGGACGUCAAACUGUACUACAACCAUCCGCUUAUAAAUUCAAACCAUUUCAAUUGCCGUUAUCAGUGCGGUCGGCAUUUUUAUCCACUAUAACGAACAUCAAUCAGCCAGCCAACACCGUAACUACUCCUGUACCCAAUCAGAAUCAGAGUAGACUUGUAUCCAGGGAGUCACCGGUAAUUCGAAACCGGAUUGAGGCCACUGUAGGUGCCUCAUCAAUGGAGAGUUCAACGACAGCAGAACAGCUGACAGCAAGAGGGUUGAGAGAGUUUGAAUCUGUGCUUGAAAAAGUAACAAAAACAUCCCAGAUGAAAGAAAGAAUUAAUGUCCAGCUGCAUGCACCCUUGGACUCCUCAACUUCAUCAAAUGAAUCGAGUUCAGCUGGGUUAGCUGCUGCAACAUCGGGUCCACCUAACUCUUCUGCGCCCACCUUAACGCCCAGUAGCUCAACAAUGGAGCCGCAAGAUAGAGUGGUAUCUUUCGUUACUCAAACUAGUUCCUGUGGCAGCUUAACAGUUGGCACCAAGUUAAAUACUACACCUGUUGUCGUUGUACAGAGCUAUCGGCGACAAGCAUCUUCGCCCGCUUUGAGCAUUGCCUCUCAAAAUUCAUCUAGUCCAAUCCCAAGUUCCUCAAAUAAAACUCAAAAACCAGCAACUAAAUCAUCAAAAGCAAAAAUAGUCAAAACGUCCCCGGUAACAUCCCCUUUGAAGGUGACUCCUUCAAUACCGAAACCUCAACAGAAACCUCAAGAAGACGAGCAAACCACACAGAGGAUUUAUGCCAUUUUAGAUAAAUAUGCUGAGCAGCUUCGAAAUUCACCUGAGUUAAAAAAUAAACCUGCCCCUCGUCGAAGAUCGAAUCCACCGACAAACCCAACUCAGUCAUCCAAGCGGAAGAAGAGUUCGCAGUCUCGAAGUAGGUCCAAUUCUCAACAAGCCUCCUGCUCUCUAGGGCUUGACAUGAGUCCAUCUUCUGAAGAUGUUAGAACUUUAGGCAGUGAGGAUAGCUCCAAUGGCGUUAGUCAGUUAUCGCAAAUGACAAGCUCUCCAUCAAGCAGGUUGGAUGAAACUCCAGCCACACCCUCAUCUGAAACUUCAGAAUCUCUUGAUGCCAGAGAUACUAGGAUCCAGAUCCAAGCUCAACCGCAGACUCAAACUCAACCGGUGACAACCAAUCGUGCAUUAAUUGUCCAAGAUUCUACGUUAUCAAGUGCGGAUGCUGCAAAAAUAUUCGGUACCCAGUCGAGACAACAAACUGUCGUGUCGAGUAGUGCUGGUGUUCCAUUACCUCCUGGCACAGUAAGAUUACUUGUUACCAAAGCACCGAAAAUGUAUAAAAUACAACAAAUGGUUCCAAUGGUUCUUAGGCCUGGUUUAGCUAAAAUUGCUGGAGGGCUCACAGCUCAGAACAUCGGAGGUCAACAAGCUGUAGUUUUGCCCACAGGCACUAGAUCUUUUACAUUCACCGAAGGAACUGGUGAACAGCAGACGGUGAACCUGGAUAGCUCAGUCAUCCCAACAAGUAUAAAUUUGCUUCAACUUCAUGGUACUAAUUCCACUAGUACCAAUAUCUCAGCCAUAACGACUGUUGCCUCAGCUAAUCUGCCCAAGUUUAGUGCUGCAGUCCCUGAAAGUAGUACCUUAUCUGAUACCACUAGUUCACCGAAUGUCUCUCAAUUUUCAUUGAGUCAGAGUAGCAGUAGUGCUCCUAGCCAAAUCGUUCUUGAUACAAGCAAUAAAGAAAGAAGUAUCUGGUCUGACUUUAGCUCUGUUGAUAAUAAGCCGUUGUUUCUGGAACUUCGAAAGUCUACCAAGAGCGUGAAAACUGAAGCAGCCUUAUUUUCGUGCCAAAAUGAGUUGAAAGAUGACAUCAGAAACUCUUCAUCACCAAAUCAAUUGAAGCAAGAUUCCAGAAUUGAAAGCACCUUAGAUGAUGCAGACAGUAAAGAGGAUGUGAAACCUCAAGCAACGGAGAACUUGCUCCUAGAAACGAGUGAAAUCAAGAAAGAAAUCAAGGAGGAAGAGGAUAAUCAGGUUAGUACGUGUGAUGAUACAGUGCACUGGCAGCAGUAUCUUUCCAAAGAAGAUGCCUCUCAAGGUGAAAAAUCGCCAACAAUGAAUCAGACUGUUUCAGACAUUGAUCCGUGCAAUACUACCAAUGCUACUUUAACUCUCACUCAUGCAAAACGAAAAGGGGGCUCUUUGCACAGUACAUUAUUCCAGAGUAAUUAUCGUAGAUCCGAUAGACUUCAGACUGGCAAGAGGAGUGAUGGGCUGCAAAAGAAAGCAGAAUUAAAAAGCUUGUCCGAAGAGUGCAAGGACUUGGGUGUCGACAAACCAAGCGCAAGUGACCUUUUUCCAGAGGCAGAACUUUUGUUAGAUCUGGACCCGUCUAGUCAAGAAGCUGAAAUUCAAUUGAUAAUGAAUCCGGAGUCGAAUUACAAUAACAAAGACUCAGGGUUAAACUUUUCGCAAGGCGAUGGCGUAAGUAAUCUCAAGACUUACGCCAGGUCCAACUUGAAAAGUAAACUAAAACUCUGCUCGUCUCCGAGUAGUAUCUUAAAGAUGUGCUCGGACUCUGACAGUCCAAUUUUGGGACAAUCUGAGCUGUACUGUUCCCCGGAUGAGAAGACUCACCUCAAAACAGGGGUGUCCUCUAGUUCAAGCAGUCAGGGUGGUUGUUCCUCGCACCAAGAAUCGAGUUUCGGAUCUCAACCAAAGCUGCAUUCCCAGCGUGAUGGUCCCAAGUCUAGUCAUAGCUCAAAUGAAGGAGCCUCUUGUUUUAAAUCCAAGAAACGCUCUCUCUCAAAAUCUCGCUCUCCGAUGAGUUGUAGGUCAGAUAAACAAAGCUCCAAUUCGGAGCCUCCUUUGCCUCUGGAUAGUUCAGUUAACGGUGCUCUGGAUCUUGACUCGGACUCUGUUGACUUCAAGAAAAGUCUUGGCAGUUUGAUCGACGAUGACGGAAAGUUGCCUGAAAGUUCUCCGGAUCACAACUACCCAUCGCCAACGACGCCACAUUCCUCAUCAGAUGCCAUCUUUUCCUCUGAUCCGCAGUUGAAUAUGUUAGAUAGCACAAAUAACCCUUUUAUCUGUAGUAGCUCCCAAAAUAAUUUUCGAUCGCGAAGUCGACUGAAACCGAGUCACGAUAACCAAGAAUCUGAUUCAUUCUGGUCAUUGCUAAAGAAAUCUGACCAUGGCGAAGAUGUCGAUUCCGACGUGGACAAAAUAGCAACUUCAGAUGCAGAAGACGCUGUGUCGGAAGGGGAAUUGACAUUAUCUUCCAACGGACUCGGAAAAAGGCGCUCCAGUUCGUCUCUUAAGACUGCCAAGUCGAAAGUAUCCAAGAUUGCUAAAGAAGACUUGGAUGUGACAAGCAGUGCCAGCUCUCCUGAGAUAAUUGAAGGUGAAAAACCGAGGGUUCCGCGGCGGUUAUCCUCUCGGGGCCUAGUCAAGAAACCUUGUCCUUGCUGCAAUGGAUCCCCAGAGCAACCUAAACGCAAGAACCAUCCUCAUAUCUCAUCGUCUUCCUGCAGUUCUGCCUCGAAAAAAGGUCAUAAUAGCAAAAGUCAAAGUUUAUUAAAAUCAGCUCUCAAAAGAAGAUAGUGUGAUUAUCUUACGUUUGUUUUUGCAAGCAGCCAACAUAAAUGCAAUAAAUUGGAAUCAAUUUUCCUUUUUAUUUUCUCUCUUUUCUACGUGUUUAUUUACUUUCUUCUCUCAGUGUAAGUCUGUUUGUUUGUUUGUUCGUUUUUUGUUUCUUUUUAUAGUUUUAUCAAACUGUACUGUAUAUAGGUAUCAUCUUUCUGCUUAACUUAGUUAAUACACAGCUGAGGAAAGAAAUUCCUGAUUCAGGUGUAAAAUUAUUGAAUGAACAAUUGUAGAGAAUUAUUUACCAAAGAUUACCUAUUUGAGACUGUUGGUCUUAUUGUAUUACCUUAGGUGUAUUGAUUGUGUUCUGAAGCUUGUACGUAUACAAAUUAGAUAAUGUAUCAUGUAUAAACCAUUAGGUAAAUUCAUCCCCUUUUGUCCUUAUUUUUUUUACUUUUGACAUUUUCCGUCAGUUCUAGUAAAGUUAGGUUAUGCAGUAUUAAAAAUAAGUAAACCUCACAUGAAUUCAUGAAGUCUUUGAUUUGCGCUGAAAGUUUACGCUGUUUUUGUGUGCUACAACAAUAGCAAGUAUGUAAUACAGUAUAAUGGCAAUUUUUACUCCUCACUCAAUCAUUAAGCGCUUUGAACUCUCUCAAUAAGGACUAGCUCAUUCAGAAUUUAGCCGUUGAAAGCUUCUAGUUAGGCCCCCAUAUCUUAAUACUAUGUUUUUUUGUUUAUCUUAUUUUUUCCUUCCAAUCCCCAGUCACAGGAGCUACCAGAUCGGUUGAGUUUGUCUAGAUUUCUUCUUCUUUUUUUUAAUAUUUUUGAAAAAAGGAGGACUCGUUUAAAUCAGGGAAAAAUAUAAAAUCGAAGAUGAAAGAUAAAUCGUAAAUUUGUGUUUGUCUCUCAAGUUUAUAUUCAAAUUUUUUAUUUUCCUUUUUUUAUGUAAAUGAGAGCAUAUAAAUGCACAUAAAAGUCUUUAACCAUUCGAAGUUCAUCUGUUCAAUGAAGGGUGUAAUUUCAGGAACUUCUUGAAUUAAUUUGAUUUCAUUUAUCUGCUUCCUCAGAAAAGUCCCAGAGCCCAAAAUAAGUUGUUCAAUUUGAUACAAUUAAAAUGAGAAGAGAUUAUUGAUUUUUUAAUGCAUUUUCCUCACCUGCUGCAAUCCAUCUUCAGUUUUCUUCAUUAAUUAAGUGCUCUAAUAUAUCAAUGAUGCUUAGUUAAUUUCCAAUUUGUUUCCUUGCAAUAAAGCAAAGUCAGUGUUAAAUAAUUCACCUGCAAACCGCCAACAAUUCUAACCUCAGUUGUAAAAGUAAAAGGUGAAUAAAACGCCAGAAACAUUUUUAAAAUCCCUUAUUGUUACAAUAGUCCUUUAAUUAUUGUCACAUAACUCUUUCUUAAAUUAACAGCGAUAGAAUGGAACUGAGAAUCUUCGUCUGAACUAUUAUUGAUGUAGCCGGGAAACUCUUUUCCGGAGCAGCAGAAGUGUUUGCUCAUUUAUUUAGGUUGUCCUCUCUAGUUUUUCAGACCCUUUUUAUCCCUGUUAGAUUACAUCAGUUCUGUUUACGAAGAGUAGGGGAAAAUGAAAUUGACUUUUACUUUUUCUUUGGAGUGACAUGAUCUCAAAUUUAAGAGAAGUAAUUAGGAAGAUCAUUUUUAGAAAUAUGUAUUUAUUUUGUUUUUAAAAUGAGGUAAAGAUUUUUAGUUAUUUUAAAAAAUUAUCAGUGAUCUGAUGAAUUUUCUCUUGGAAAAUGUCCCCCAGUGAAGAAUAGGGAGUUUGCCCCAUCUGAAUUCAUGUAUUUACCAGACUUAUGCUGUAAAACUUAGUUUCAAUAUUGAUUAGGUGGCUUUUUAAAAAGCUAUUGCAUCUUCUUUUGUGCAUUUAAUUUUUCUAGGAACCACUCAUUCCUAAAAAUAUUGUAAAACUAAAAGAAAAUGAAGAAUUAAACCCAAUCAUGCAAUAUGCAUGAAGCGUAAAUUUGUGUAGGCGCCCAAUUAUAAGCGUAAACUCUGCAUUAUACAUACCAAGAUUUGCCUUCUCUCUCAAUCAGUGCUCUCAAAAUUCAUUCUGACCUUCCUUCAAAAUGGAAAUCAUUACAGAGUAAAACGUUAAAGCAAGCUUCCGAACUUGAACACAAAGUUUUAGUCGAGUAAAGAAAACCCCUAUGUUUUCUUUCCGUAUUAUUUUUUAGUCAUUGUGCAAUGAUCAUUAUCCUUGAAGAAUCACUAAGACUCAGGAUUUUAAAUGUAGGUUAUUAUUUUAGUGAACUUGGUUCCUCGUGCAUUUUUCGCAAGUGACAGGUAGCGGCAACGGAAGAAAACUUGUGAUAGGUCAGUUGAGAAGUUUACAGAUUUCUGCAGCUCCUUAUUUCCUGUAACUAUCUCUGAUGGAAUAUCACCUAAAGUGGAGAACACUAAAUUGUGUCUCUUAGUUUUUCGAUAACUGUGAACGUCUCAUCGACUCAUCAACCAUAAUUUACUCGUUGACCCGUGGCUUUUCAUCACUUGAGUUAUCUGCAUCAGAGCCAAAAUGACUCAGUUCAAUAAUACGACUGAUAAAUAAAUCCUCAUAAUGUAUGUACGCAAAUCUUUAAUAAGUACCAAGACUCAAGUUUUCAUUUUUUCUAAUGUGUGAAAAGAUGAAAACGGGAGGGAGUGAGAGAUUUAAGUCAACCUCUCAGUGCCAUCCAGUUAUGAGAACGCAGGCACCACCCAUUCAAAUUCAACAACUGGCCAGAACUAGAAUAAGAAUCUUACCUUCACCAUGUGAUGGCAAGCUUGCUGCAGAAUGUGUUGAUUUGUCGCCUGCAGCUGAUGUGGGAUGUCUACAAAGCCAGAAAGUAGGCCUCUCUUCACAUAAAUGUUGAGAAAAUGUAUCAAAUUUCAUAAUGAUUAAGCAGCUAAGAGUUGCAUGAGUGUCAUACCUGUGAGUGCUCUUUAUAUUUGCGGACAUAUCUUGUGUUUCAUGUUAUCCAAAUCGGAGGCAUUCAUGAAAACAAAGUCUUUUUGCCACAAGAGUCUAGUGGGCACCAACUUUUUUCCAUGAAUGUGUCCUGUUGUUCAAUUUAACUAGGUAACGCCUCUGUUUUUAUUGAUAAGAUUGGGCUCUAAGUCAUGUACAGUUUGUAAGAGUUGAAUCAAUGCUGUAUUCGGUAAAAGCUUCGGGAAGUAAACUGCAUCUACCUGACUUUUCCCGAACGACACCUCUAGUUUGAUUCAAUUGCCAUAUGCUGUGUGUAUUCUGCUUAAUUUUAAUACAUUGUACGAUAGAUCAUGUUUCCCCACCCUAAAUAGAAUAUUCAGAUCGAUCGGAUAAAACAGGCUUCCAUUGAAUCUGAAUGUUUUCCAGAAAUGCCAAAAAUCAAACGAGUUUUUGAUUAAUUUUAUGCAGUCCUAAAGGCAUAAGAUCCCAUAGUGUAAAUGUCAAACGGAUCAAAUCCGUAUUUCGGGUGUAGUGUUGUAUCAAAGUAAUUGAGUAAUAUGGAACUACAUUCACAUUAAGAAAAAAUUGUAUAGUAUUAUUUUAAUUGAACUUGUACAUGUGCAUAAAAUAUUUAAUAUUUAAAAUUGUAUAAUUUGUAAUUUGAAUCAGUGUCAUUUUUUUACCUUAUAUUCGGGUAACGUUUCCUCUAAUUUAUGCUUUCAUAAUGUUUGUAUUUAUUCUUGAGUUCAUUCCACUCUUCCGUUGUUUAACGUUAGGUAGCAAUUUGAUAUUUCCCAUGGAAAUUAUCUGUUCUUGAUUUGAAUUUUGAAAAGGCUUCAUUUUUUCUUUUUUUCUUUCCUAUUUGUUCAAAUGAGAUUGAUGUUCUUAUAGCUAUAAAAUCUUGGUAUCAUUUGUACUUAUUACAUGCGUCAUGUUUGUGGUUUUCUUCUCUUUUGGUAUUAUUUACUUACUUAGGCAGUACUUUCUUUUUGAUUCAACGAUUUGGUGCAUUGUAGCAAGUUCUAGGUCGUUUCUCAUCAAAAAGGGUUAGCAUUUUUUUUUUCAAUUUUCAGAUUAUUUUUUUGUUUAAAAUUUAAAUGGUGAUGUUUAAUGUUCUUAGGCCUUGUGCAGUAAAAGAAAAAAAGACAAUGUAAAGUAAGUAAGCAGAGAACUUGCAACUUACCCACUAGAAACAUCUUCAGUUACUGAUGAAUGAAUAGGUUCAAUCAUGUUCAGUCCCAGAUUAUAUUGAGUUGCCGUAUGCCAGAAAUUGAAAAAACUGAUUUUUCCAAAGAACGAUAAAGCUGCUGAACAGCAUGUGAAGAAAAGUGCAUAUAAUCCUACUUCAUCGAGUCUGUUUGCUAAGGUUCUUUUAGACAAUCCAGUAAUUCCAAUACAACUUUUAUUUUUUCAAGAAAUAUAGGUCUUAAGGAAAAGUUUGACAAGGCCAAAAGUAUCUUUUGAUUAAUUGGUGUUGAUGAUUAACACGAGUUUGUUACCAGUAAAAAUGAUCAAAGCUUUACAGCCUCAAACGCAUGAGGUGGCUUUAAAAAAAUGUCAAAUUUUCCAAGAAUCAAAUCUUUCAUUUCAGUCAAAUAUGUAUUCAUGCAAUUUAGAUCUGCCUGAGACAUGAUUGUCCUGCUACAUAUAUUAUCUAACUGGUAUCCUUUAUUUCUUUGAUAGAAUCAUUCUGUCUUCAUCUGGCUAUCUUUCUACCCUAAUUCCACCAUUGUAAAUAUGUGCAAAUCUGACUAAAUGCUAUCAUUUGUAUUUACGUAAUGUCAUUAAUUUUUAUCAGAAUUCAAGAGAAGAAUAACUGGACCAUAUUUUGCACUUUGGAACUACAAUUUCUGGCUCUGGUUGAAAACCACGUAUGUAACGUUAGUUUCCUUAUGCACAUAAUUGUUUUUACCAAUGUGCUAAAAAUUUUAGUUCUUUGUGGCAAAACGAAGUCCCAACUCAUGAUAUGCCCUUUCACUCUAUUUUAGUACCCACAUGAGAACCAUAAGCCCAAUAGCGCUUUGUUUUUCACUUCUAUUCAUGCUUCUGUAAAAGUGUCUACCCACUUGAAAUGAGUUAUUACCUCGGAUAGUUUUUGAAUCAAAGUAGACUAUUGAAAUGGAUUGGCCGUUACUUAAUUUGUAGGAAUGUGUUUUCCUACACUAUCUGACUUUUACGGAUUUCUUUCCCGUGGAAUGAAGCAAGCAACUACGUCAUUGUCACUACGUCAACAUACGAAGUCAUUGAUCAUUCUAACUAGGAAAAAAUUUAUUUUCCCUGCCAUUCUUAAGUAGAAACCCUUGAAUUGUUUUGUAUUUGUAAAUUAAUGAUUUGUGAAGCCAAACUAAAUCUGUUAAAAUAUAACGUUCAAAUUAAA